CCUUCUCACCGUCUAACCAUCUGAUCCCUGGUAGAAAUUCCCUCAUUGUUCCAAUCAUUUUAUGAAUUAAAACUCCCCUCGCCACUUUUUUCCCCGUGUUUUUCCUAGUCAAUCUUCUUUCCCAUCUGAUAAUUUUACGCUGGAACCAUCUUACUGAACCACGUUUUUGUUAGCAGGAGCGGUAGUACCGGUACCAAACCUAGCACGAGUAUUAGCAGGAAAACGAACAGUAGCGAUACCUACCCCGCUAUUAUCAUUUUCAGGGUCUUUUACCCCGCCAUCUCCAAGCCCACUACACCCUCCAAAAAGGCUAUUUCACCACCAAACAGCGGCGAUGACGAGACUUAACCUUGGAAAUAUCAACCCGCACAUCGUCGAGGCCAAGUAUGCCGUUCGUGGUGAACUCGCCGUCAAGUCCGAGGAAUACCGUGCUAGACUUAGGAAAGGCGACAAAAGUCUACCCUUUGACGAGGUAAUUAGCGCCAACAUCGGUAACCCGCAGCAGCUUGACCAGAAGCCCAUCACCUACUUCCGUCAAGUCUUGAGUUUACUCGAGAACCCGAAGCUAUUGGAACACAAGGAUAUCCUACUCAACUCUCUAGAUUACAAGACAGAUGUCAUAGAGCGAGCGCAAUGGCUAUUAGACCACGCGGGCAGCGUUGGAGCAUACAGCGCCAGCGCAGGUGUUCCCGUCAUCAAGGAGAGCAUUGCUAAGUUCCUUGAGAAACGAGAUGGCUUCCCUGCCGAUCCAGCACAUAUCUACUUGUCAGCUGGUGCCUCUUCCGGUGUCAACACUCUUUUACACAUCAUCUGCGCCUCUCCUAGCACUGGUGUACUCGUCCCUAUCCCUCAGUACCCGCUCUAUACCGCUUCGCUAUCCGUAUUGAACUCCACAUGCGUACCUUACUACCUCGAUGAGGCGGCUCACUGGGGCACAUCGGUUGCCACCAUCAAGGAGGCGUACAACAAAGCUAAGGGUGAUGGCAUUGACGUCCGUGCCAUUGUCAUCAUCAACCCUGGAAACCCUACAGGCGCCUCGCUAUCCGAGGAAGACGUCCGAAACGUCCUAGAGUUCGCUGCUGAGGAACGACUCGUAGUUAUGGCUGACGAAGUCUACCAGACUAAUGUGUUCAUUGGCAAGUUCCACAGCUUCCGACAGGUCCUUCUUACUCUACAGAAAGAACACCCUGGUAAAUACGACAACGUCGAGCUUGCAUCCCUGCACUCCAUCUCCAAGGGCAUGGUCGGCGAGUGCGGACAUCGUGGCGGCUACUUCGACCUCAUCGGCUUUACGCCCGAGGUUGAGGAGCAGAUUUACAAAUUCGUCUCCAUUACGCUGUGCGCACCUGUAAUUGGCCAAUGCCUUGUUGAGCUCAUGGUCAACCCACCCAAGCCCGGUGAGCCGUCCUAUGAGCUUUAUGACAAGGAAUACAACUUCAUCUUCAACAACCUUAAGACGCGCGCCUAUGCGCUUUACGAAGCCUUCAAGGAGAUGGAGGGCGUCGAAUGCGGCGAGCCUCAGGGUAGCAUGUACCUCUUCCCCACUAUCCGUGUACCUCCUAAGGCCGUCGAAGCUGCUAAGAAGGAAAACCGCAACCCCGAUGAGUUCUACUGCAUGCGUCUGCUUGAGGCUACUGGUGUGUGUGUCGUCCCCGGCAGCGGCUUUGGCCAGGCCGAGGGAACCCUGCACCUCCGAACUACGUUCUUAGCCCCUGGCACGGAAUGGGUUGUUAACAUUAAGAAGUUCCACAAGGAGUUUAUGGAUACCUACAGAUAAGAGAGAUAUUAUUCUAGAAUAAAAGAGGCUUGGGAAAUCCUACGAAAGAAGGAUAUUCGGGUUAGAUGGUUCGGUUCGAGAUAUACCUUAGAUGGCUGUCU